AGGGACCAAUGCUUCUAUGGUCUGGCAAGGGGUUAUUGAUGGCCUUGGUAUUCUUAAAAUGCGAUCAACAUGGAGAAUAGGUAAUGGGCGGGAAGUCAGGAUUUGAAGGGACACUUGGUUACCAUCAGGUGCCAUCCCUCAGCCACAAUCGGCUCUUGUUAACCGGAGUAUGGAAGGAAGAUGAUGUUCAACAAUCCUUCUGUGCAGAGGAUUCUGAGAGUACGGCCAGCCUUGGAGUUAUCCUUCAAGACAGCAAUGGUAGUGUCCUGGGUGCAGGCAAAAAGACCAUGAGUUUUCAAGGCGAGGUCACUCAUGCAGAAGUCUUAGCAAUCUGUUUUGGGGUACAACUAGGAAAAGAGUUUAGCUGCAAAAAUAUCAUUGUGGAGUCUGAUAGCAUGAAUGUAGUGUGCAAGUGGCAGCUUCUUUAGAUGAGUGUUACCUAACAUAUGGGGUUAUUGUUGAUGAACUUUAGGAACGUGUCAGAUUAUUUGAUUCCUGUUUUUUCAAAUAUGUUCGUAGAACUUUUAAUGAAACUUCUCAUAGGAU